UGUUGUGAGUUUUCUACAGUCUGCAUUUAUUGGUUAUGUUUUGAUUUGAAAACAUAACCAUUUCGUAUUAUUUUGUAUCUAUUUGACUAUUUUAUUGAAUAAAGUUCUAUACGUGUCCGCAUCUGAGCCAUGGCAAAGCAUCAUCCUGAUUUGAUCUUCUGUAGGAAGCAGCCAGGUGUAGCUAUUGGUCGUUUGUGUGAGAAGUGCGAUGGAAAAUGUGUCAUCUGUGAUUCUUAUGUGAGACCCUGCACAUUGGUUAGGAUUUGUGAUGAAUGCAAUUACGGAUCAUACCAGGGAAGAUGUGUCAUUUGUGGAGGUCCUGGUGUCUCGGAUGCAUAUUAUUGCAAAGAGUGCACAAUACAAGAAAAGGACAGGGAUGGAUGCCCAAAGAUUGUGAAUCUUGGCAGUUCCAAAACAGAUUUGUUCUACGAAAGGAAGAAGUAUGGUUUCAAGAGGAGAUAGUGCUAGUAGAAAUUAGGUUAACAUUUUAUGAAAAUAAACAUUGAAUUUGAGAA